AUGGAGUCCGAUGUGUGUCUCGGCUUCUUGUUUGCAAAACCAGAAAACAAGAGCCCUGGCGGCCUUCCAGUAUCGACAACCUCCUCAAUGUUCUUCAAAGUCCAAGGUGAAAAUCUGGAGAAAAUGUUCACCAGUCCCAUGAAACUUCUUCUGGCACCUGAUAUCAACCAGUCUUUGUACUGCCAACUGCUUUGCGGCCUCAUUCGAUCCGAGGACGUCACUCAAGUAUUCGCAGCACUGGCCAUAACACUGGUAGAAGCGCUUCGAUUGUUGGAGGAGGCGUGGAGCGAGCUAGCUGAUGACGUCCAGACCGGAACUCUCAACUCGAAGAUCACCGACCCGACUUUGAGAAGUUCCUUGUCGCUCUGCUUACGACCAAAUCUCAAGCUAGCGCAGAGUAUUCGCAAGGAAUGCACAGCCGAUAACGCAUGGUGCGGUAUUGUAGAGCGCUUGUGGCCGAAAACCAAGGUUAUAGUGACCAUCACCACUGGAGGAAUGGCACCAUAUGCUCCUGCUGUAAGAAAAUAUGGAGGAAGUGUUCCCAUAGUUUCUGGAGACUACGUCUGCACGGAGUGUGUUCUCGGCUUCAACCUGGAUCCAUUCUGUCCACCUGAGAGCGUCAGCUUCACCAUUCAUCCGGAGUAUGCAUACUACGAGUUUCUCCACUAUCCCCAAAAGCUGACCGACGGAUCCACCGUGAAGCUCGUAGACGUGAAGGUCGGCGAGGAAUACGAGCUCGUUGUCAGCACCUGGUCCGGACUUUAUCGGUACAAAGUUGGAGACAUCGUCCGUGUAACCGGGUUCCACAACUUCUCUCCCAACAUAUCGUUCGUCCAUCGUCUCAAUGCGGAGCUUGAUAUAGCAGGCGAAAGAAGCACUGAAGCCGAGCUACAGGUAGCGGUCCAGAAGUCUCAGCACUGCCUGCCUGCUUCACAAGAGCUCGUCGACUUCACUUGCCACCAAGACGGCCAGAGGUACCUGAUCUUCUGGGAGAUUAAAAACGGUGAUAGCCUGAAUCCCAUGAUCCUGGAAACCUGCUGCUGCGUUCUCGACACCUCACUGACCGAGAGAUAUAAACAGCGUCGUGAGAACGGCUUGAUUGGUCCACUUCGGUUAUGCAUCGUCCGUGGUAAGACAUUCAAGGCUCUCCAACAAUACAGCCUUGAAAAGGGAAUAAAUCCCACUCAAUAUAAGACCCCAAGAUGCAUCACCAGUCCAGAGAUGAUUGCCAUCCUACAAGCAGGAAAUGCCAUUCAUGCUUUGUUUGCACAUGAAAGAAAGAAAAUUUCCAACUUACCCUUCGAUCCAGUUUCCAGCCUUUCGACCGCUAGAAUUCAGCCUUCCAAUCCCUUCGAAAGCGUGGAAUACACCGUUGAAGUGCUGGAUUUUCCCUGGGCGGGAUCGCAAGACGAUGGGACGUACGCGACCUGCAUUCCAUCCUUGGAGCUCGGAAAUGGCGAUCCAUGGCGGCGAGCGGCAGAUAAUCCACCGGCGCCUCGCGGAUCGGCAUUGCUCUCUUGA